GCAGUUGGCAUUGUCAUCCCAGCGACACGAACGCAGGCGAAAAGGCAAAAGCCGAAAGGCGAAAAGCGGCCCCAAAGCAACAGCACUUAAAUCAAACAUUCAGAAACGGCGACGGCGACGGCGACGGCGACAGCGACGCUGGCAAUGCUAAUGCAAAUUAGCAAAACGCUGCGAAAAUAAACAAAUAAUUCUACGGGCGGCAGCAGCACAAAUAAUUCAGACAGUGAAAAAUAACAGAGAAAUUCGUGAAAUUCGAGAAAUCGCAGCAUCGUUUGCCAAAUGUUUUGAGAACCUCAAAAAACAAAAAAACCACGAACCAAAAAAAAAAAGUUGAAAUAAAACAAAAUAAAAUUGUGCGUGCCAUUUGGGAAUUGUACGAAACAGAAAUCCACAACCAGAACGGAGAUGGGCCUUGUGCCAAGGCGGCAAUUGGCAACGCAUAACAAUGGCUAAAUAACAAACCCAAUGCUGAUGACAAAGCAACAAAUUGUUCAACUAGCUUGGACAACAUGUGGCUACUGAUUGUGGGUCUUCAUUUGGCCAGUGGCAGCCCAACGGAAUCACAGCCAGAGUGGCUAUUGACCGGAAGCAGCAACAGCAGCAGCGGCAGCAGCAGCAGUAGCAGCAGCACAGCAGCAAACUACUAUCCCAAUGACACCAUCUAUAGUACCCAAUCUGGAGAGUACUUGCCACAGGCCACUGGCAGCAUCAGUUCCGUUCACAGCACAGAUCUUCCAACCUAUGAGCAUUGUAUCGCCACUCGCAAUUCAUUUGCGGAUGUGUUGACGGUGGUGCUGUAUGGGCUGGUUUGCAUUGUGGGUCUGUUCGGCAACACGCUGGUCAUCUAUGUAGUGCUGCGCUUCUCCAAGAUGCAGACGGUGACCAACAUCUAUAUACUCAAUCUGGCCAUAGCAGACGAGUGUUUUCUGAUUGGCAUUCCAUUUCUACUCUACACGAUGCGCAUUUGCAGCUGGCGCUUUGGGGAGCUGAUGUGCAAGGCGUAUAUGGUGAGCACAUCGAUAACGUCCUUCACCUCCUCCAUCUUUCUGCUGAUAAUGUCCGCAGAUCGCUAUAUAGCCGUCUGCCAUCCGAUAUCAUCACCGCGCUAUCGCACUCUUCACAUUGCCAAGUUGGUAUCGGCGCUGGCAUGGAGCACCUCGGCUGUGCUGAUGCUGCCCGUGAUGCUAUAUGCCAGCACCGUGGAGCAGGAGGAUGGCGUCAACUAUUCGUGCAAUAUUAUGUGGCCAGACGCGUACAAGAAGCACUCGGGCACCACAUUCAUAUUGUACACCUUCUUUCUGGGCUUCGCGACACCGUUGUGCUUCAUACUCAGCUUUUACUAUUUGGUCAUCAGGAAGCUGCGCUCGGUGGGACCAAAGCAUGCGGCCAAGUCCAAGGAGAAGCGUCGCGCCCAUCGCAAGGUGACGCGCCUGGUGCUCACCGUCAUAACGGUCUAUAUAAGCUGUUGGCUGCCCCACUGGAUGUCCCAGCUGGCACUGAUCCACUCGAAUCCGGCGCAGCGUGAUUUAUCGCGCCUGGAGAUACUCAUAUUUUUGCUGCUAGGCGCUUUGGUCUAUUCCAAUUCUGCGGUGAAUCCCAUACUCUAUGCCUUUCUCAGUGAGAAUUUUCGCAAGAGCUUCUUCAAAGCAUUUACUUGUAUGACCAAACAGGACAUUAACGCACAGCUCCAUCUGGAGCCCAGUAUCUUUACAAAGCAGGGUAGUCGCCGCCGUGGCGGCUCCAGACGUCUCCUGGCGCCCAAUCAACAACAACAACAACAGCAACCGCCGACACUCCUGGCCAUCCAAGCGGGCAACAACAACUCAUCGACGACCACUUCAUCGACAACGACAGCGGAGAAAACGGGCUCGACAAGUGCCCAAAAGUCCUGUAGCUCCAAUGGCAAGUUGACAGGGCAGGGAGAGAACUUCAUCAUCUGUCUGGGUGAGCAGCAGGAAGCAAUUUGCACAACGAUGCGCCGCGGAUCGAACCAGAUGGAACAAACUGAUCUUUAGAAAGUAUAUACAAUUUUAAUUAAAUAAAAUUACAUUUUAAAAGUAAGUCGUUUGUCGUGUAAGUACAAUUAAGGGGUAUGUGUUUUGAAUAUGAAGCAAUUGUUUCUACUUAAGUUGUGUGUAUUACAAAUAGUCACUUUCUCAACAACAGUAUUAUCCGAAUGACCCCCAAAACAGUCAUUAACCCAAAUACUGCCCCCUUUUGUGUUUUUGCUUAAUUUUUAAUGCUAUAUUCAAAU